AUGUCUUCGAGCGGAUCAAAUUGCCGAGACCACAGCGGAUCUGGCGGGAGCUCAUCGGGAUGGGACCAAAUCCUGUCUCAGGCCUCCGCCAUUGGCAUAAUUUAUCGAGACUUUCCGCCUAAGGAAGGCUCCUCGUACUCUUCGUCCUCCCGGACAAACCGCAGUGGUAGCAACCGCGGUGGCCACUCAUCUGCUGAAUCCAAAGGUGGACGUUGA